AUGAGCGAAGUUUUCGGCGAGUACGAGAGGCGGUACUGCGAGAUUUCGGGGAACGCGAAGCGUCAAGCAGCGGCUAUCCCUUCCUUACCGGCAGAUGCCAGGGAGCAACGAGCCAAGGACGUCAAUGCCUUGUUGGAAGAGGCCGACUCUCUCAUCCGGCGCAUGGACUUGGAGGCGCGCAGCCUGGCAGCGGCGCAGAAGGCGGCGCUGCUGGUGAAGCUGCGCGAGUACAAGGCGGACCUGCAGACACUGCGCCGCGACCUGCAGAGAGCACUGCAGGACGCCGCUGCCUCUGCCAGCGAGGCCGCCAGGGACCAGCUGCUGGGGAACGCGGGGGGACAGCCGGGGGAGGGCAUGUCGCAGGAGGAGCUGGCGGCAACGGGGGCACAGCGCAUGCGGCUGCUGGGGGCAACGGAGCAGCUGGGGGAGUCGUCGCAGCGGCUGGAGGCGAGCAAGAGAGCGCUGCUGGAGACGGAGGAGCUGGGAGUGAGCAUUCUGGAGGACCUGCACAACCAGCGCCAGACACUGCUCAACGCACGCGAUAAC